AUGGAGGUGGUGGACUUGGGUGGCGACGCGAGCAAGCAGAAGCAGCGCUCUCCGUCGGCCUGUAUGGCCAGCGAGGUGGAUGUGGGGAGCGAUCCGGGGGCAGAGCAGGAUUUGGGUCCUGUGGCGUCUGAAGUGGAGAUGGAGGUGGGUGACAGCCAUGUUCGGGAACAAGAGUGCGCGGGAGCGGCUGGGGUGUCUGAAGUGAAGAUGGAGGUGGAUGGUAGCUGUGUUCAGGAACAAGAGUGCGCGGGAACGGCAGUGGUGGGAGAGGCUAAGAUGGAGGAAGCUGAUGGAAGAGUAGUGGAGGUGGAUGAUAGCCGUGUUCGGGAGCAAGAGCGCGCGAGAGUGGCUGGGGCGUCUGAAGUGAAGAUGGAGGUGGAUGACAGCCGUGUUCCGGAACAAGAAUGCGCAGGAACGGCUGUGGCGGGAGAGGUUAAGAUGGUGGAAACUGAUGGAAGGGUGGUGAACCAAGGGACUGCUGCCACAUCUGCUGGGGGCCUUCCGGUGCGCGCCAAGGAAGUAGGGGAGUGCUUGGUCGGCCGUUACAUUGGCCGCCACAUGCCGGGGCAUGCGUGCGUUCUUAUUGGGAAGGUUGCGUCCUAUGAUAGCACAGCUGGCGUGUACAGUGUGGUGUUUGAGGAUGGACAUGCUGAGGAUUUGGCGUUUCCUCAGCUCCGGGAGUUCCUCAUGCCCGACGAGAAUGGUGCGUUAGGCAUGAAGGUGAGCUGCAGGAAGAGGAAGCUAGACCUGCUGGUUUUGUCGGGGAGUGCCUCCGAGGUGAAAGAGCCAGCAAGUACUAGGCAGAGGGUUGACGGAUGCGAGAUGCCUGCCAACCGUGAUGCGCUGCAGUAUAGUGGGUCUGGCUCGGAUAUGUCCGAGGAUAUCGAAUCUUCGAGUAAUUCAUCUGAUUUCACUAAAGAAGAACCAUCCGAGCCACGCCCUCCUGUACAGGCUGUGGAGUUGCCCCCGUCAUCGGGAGACAUUCCUGUGCCAGAAGAUUCCAUAAGCUAUCUCUUUUCGGUUUAUAACUUCCUGCGAUCCUUCAGCGUGCAGCUGUUCCUGAGUCCGUUUGGGCUGGAUGAUUUUGUUGCAGCCAUUAAUUGCGCUGUUCAGAAUAACUUGUUGGAUGCCGUACAUGUCUCGCUACUGCGGGCACUGAAGCGGCAUCUUGAAUCUAAAUCUGCUGAAGGAUCUCAGAUGGCUUCGAAUUGCUUAAAGUAUCUGGAUUGGACAUUACUAGAUGCAUUGACUUGGCCAACUUUCUUACUAGAGUACCUGUAUGUGAUGAGGUGCAUUAAGAAUCUAGGGGGGCAGAGUUUUGCUAGAAACCUCCUAGCUGCCGAAUACUAUAAACUUCCUGUUGCCACGAAGUUGAGGGUGCUGCAAAUACUCUGUGACCAUGUCCUUGAAUCAGAAGAAUUCAAAACUGUACUGGAUGAUCGAGUAGGCUACAAUGAGGAGAUGGAAUAUGAGAUAGAUUCUAGCACCUUUUGGGAGGCUGGUUCAAGAGCAGUCUCGACUAGAGCCUCAAAGGCCUCAGCUUACAAAAUGAUGAAUGAUUUACAGAACUUUGAAAGUGCUCCAAAUGUAACAAAUCCAGAUGUUGCUAUAGCAGAUGUUUCUCAGGACGGCAAUAGUGAUGAUUGCCGAAUAUGUGGAAUGGAUGGGACUUUGGUAUGCUGUGAUGGCUGCCCAUGGGCAUAUCAUUCGAGAUGUAUUGGUCAAAACAAAGCUUUCCUUCCCCAUGGAGACUGGUUCUGUCCAGAAUGUGUGGUCAACAAGCUUGGACCAACUUCGUCAAGAAUUGAACGUGGUGCAAGAGGAGCUCAAAUGUUUGGCGUUGAUAUGUGCGGGAGGCUAUUCUUAGGAACCUGCAACUAUUUACUGGUGAUCGAAACAUCUUCAGAUGUAGAGUCUUAUGCAAGAUAUUACAAUCAUUAUGAUGUUGUCAAGGUCCUCCAGAGACUUGCUCCCUCAGAUGCAUAUGUGGAUAUAUGCAGGCAAAUAAUGGAAUACUGGAAACAUUUACUCGGUACAGUUCAGAGUGAGAGAUCAACAAUGUUGGAAGAAGUUGGUACAAGACAUACUCCACAAUCCAGUAUGUUGAGUUUUACUCCAACAAAGUCAGAAGAUGAAAGUGGCUGGACAACUUCAAAAGAUGGUGGGGACAGUAAAACAGUAGCACUUCCUCAAACAAAUACACAACAGAAAUUUGUCGCUAAUCAGUAUACAGUGUGCUCUGCUGAACACCUGGAGAAACAAAAAUGCAUGUCAAGCUUAGGUGUUGUCACCGAGAAGAAUGUUGAAGUUUGCAAGGAAGCUCUGUCAGCUCAGAACAACAUACAUAAUGCACCUAGAAAUGGAAAUUCUGGACCAUUUGUGCCAUCCUCCAUUUCUCAUCAGAAUAGAUCUGUUGGAAUGGUUAUGUCUAACAUAGCACAAGCACAGCCAGCUCAUAGUAUAUAUCGUCCAGAUUUAUCCACUGUUUCUGCAAAGGCAGAAUCAUUUCGUCCAUCUUUGCAAGAUAAACACCACCUUCAGCUGUUUACUGAAAGAUCUGGAAACAUGAGUUGUGGCAAGGCAGCAAAAUCGUCUUCUUUUAAACCGCAAGCAUACAUGAAUCUCUACAAUCAUGGCAACAUUGCAGCGUCUGCUGCUGCCAAUCUAGCUGUUAUAACAUCCGAUGAAGGUAAGGUUUCCGCAUCCCAACUGACCUUAAAACCAAAGAGGAAAGUGGCUGCAGACAAUGUUCUACAGUUGAAAGCAUUUUCCUCAGCAGUCGCACAAUUUGUUUGGCCGAGUACUGAAAAGAAGCUUAUUGAAGUUCCAAGAGAUAGAUGUGGUUGGUGCCUUGCUUGCAGAAGUUCAGCAAGUGGAAACAAAAAGGCUUGUUUUCUUAACAUGACCACGACAAAUGCUGCUAAAAGUUCUGCUCGAGUUCUUAGCACCAUGCGUGUAAUAAAAAAUUCUGACAGCCACUUCCCCAGUAUUGCUGCUUAUUUAGCCAACAUGGAGGAAAGUUUGCGUGCCCUGUUGGUUGGUUCACUACAAGACGUGCAGCAGAGAGAAUGGUGGCGUCAACAACUAGAAGAAGCUUCCAACUGCAGAACUAUAAUACCCCUCUUGCUUGAGUUGGAAAGCAACAUCCGUGGAGUAGCAUUUUCUGCAAGCUGGUUGAAGCCAAUAGACGAUUGGCCUGUGGAAUCUCCGGGUCCAUCGACGGUAGCAUCUCGUCCUGCACAAUACCAAAAGCGUGGGGCUGGUGGAAGGCGUGGCAGAAAACGUUUGUUGGCGUCUGAAUCUGGUACUGCUACUGACGAUGACAACAGCUGGACUUGGUGGACCGGAGGAAAUAUAACAAAACGUACUUUGCAGAGGGGGGCUCUUCUACAUUCAACCAUAAGAAAAGCUGCUCGCCAAGGCGGUAAAAAAAGGAUAGCAGGUUUAUCUUACCAUGAAGGUUCCAAUUUUCCAAGACGAUCUCGGCAAUUUUUCUGGAGAGCAUGUGUUGGACUAAGCCAGACUUCAUCUCAACUUGCUCUGCAGGUUAGAUAUCUUGAUGCCCACAUCAGAUGGAAGGAGUUCAUCCCUCCAGAUCAAAUUCCUUCAGAUGGAAAAAGCUCUGAUGCUGACUUUUCUGCCCUCAGAAAUGCUGUACUCUGUGAUAAAAAAAUAAUCGACAAUAAGAUAAGAUAUGCACUUAAGUUUCCCAACCAAAAGCAUCUUCCUGUCCGUCUGACAAAAAAUAUCUUGGAAGCAGAAAGUGAUCAGGAUGAAAGUAGAAAAUUGUGGUUUUCUGAAAAUCAUGUGCCACUGUACAUGUUACGAGAAUUUGAGCAGCAUGCUGAGGCUAGCUCCUUGCCUGCUCCAGGAAUUCCAGACUCUUACUGUUUUACCAAUUUAUACCCAAGGCGAGUAAAAGCAUCUGAUGGAGAUGUCUUUUCCUAUCUCUUUCACAAGGGAGAAGUCUAUCCCUGCACCUCAUGCAAGAAGGAUGUUCUCUACAGGGAUAUUGUUAAAUGCAGCUCUUGUCAAGGUAAUUGUCAUAAAGAGUGUACAUCAAGAUCUGUUGUUAGCAAAGGAGGCAGUGCUACUUCCAGUUUGAUAUGCAAGUUAUGCCUCCAGAAGCAGAGUCUUAUGCUCACUAGUUACAAUACAAAUACAAAUGCAAGUUAUAUCCAGCAUCAACAGAAGAGUAAUGGCCAACAGCCAGUGGCCGCUCCCAGAAUUGUAUUUAAGGUUACUUCUUCCCAUUCUGCUGAACCUGCUCCCAAAGUUGAAGCCGAGCCAGUCACAAAGGUUAAAGCACAACCAGUUGGAAAGGUGGAAGCUACAACCCAGCCAGUUGUCAAUGUGAAAGCCGAGCCACUCGUGAAGGUGGAAGCCCAGCCACUCGCUAAAGUGGCAACUCAGAAUAUCACCAGUGUCCAAAAGAAAAAAGCUAAAAAGUCAAAGUCAGAAAAACCAACGAAGGCUAAAAAGGUUCAACCGAUCACAUAUUUUGGUCUCAUAUGGAAGAAAAAUAAGAAUGACAAGGAUGAUGGAAGUGAGUUCAGGGCGAAUAAUGUAAUCCUUAAAAGCAAGGAUGGUAUAGGUUCGUCAAUAAAACCAAAAUGUUGUCUAUGUGACAAAGCUUAUUCUCUGGAUUUCCUGUAUGUACGCUGUGAGAAGUGCACAAAUUGGUUUCAUGGUGAUUCCUUGCAACUUGAUGAAGAUAGGCUUGGUGAGUUGGUUGGAUACCGAUGUUGUAGGUGCCGAAGGAGAGCCAUACCCCCAUGUCCUCAUUCAGAUAAUUAUGUAAAGCCUGAACCAGAAAUUAGUGAGCAAACAGUUGCAACAUCAUUGCUGUCAACUAUGCUAUCUAGUGAGGAGACUUUUGCUUUAGCAGAUCAGGACCCACUGCUUGCUUCAUAUGGAAUAGUUGAACCAAUUGGGGAAGAAACAAGGGAUGUUGAUAUAUCAGCGAACACAGCAAGCAUUGCCCCAGGAAGUAACCAGAAGCUGUCUAUAAGAAGAGCACAAACUAAAAUUUCUGAAUACCUUGAUCAAGCUGGUAAACCUGUGAAUGAGUAUUAUAUCCAGAAUACACCUUCAGGCAAUGGAAACAUCAAUUUCAGCCAUAUGAAUGAAAUUUCUUUUUCGGAGGCUGACAGUGUGGAUGCUUCAGAACUAUUGGGGUGGGAUUUUUCCAAAGGAACUGCAUAUGCUGCCCCACCUGAUUUCACUUCUAAUCACCAGCAGAAUGACACUAGCUGUGGCAGCUUUGUGAUGGACGAGUAUGAACCCCAAACUUAUUUCUCGUUCACUGAGCUGCUUGAAGCUGAUGACACACACCUUGACAAUGCAUUUGGGAUGGCUACUGGUCUGCAAGAUGAUGUUAACGGCACCGGAAGCUUUGCUCAACAAGGAGUUGGUUUUGAUGAUAUGUCUUUCAUGGUAGAAGAUGGAGCUUCAAAUAUGAACUUCCCAACAAAUGGUCCCACACCUGAAGAGGUAGCAUGCCUCAACUGCAUGAAUACUCAGCCGCCACCCGAUCUACGAUGUUCCGUCUGUGGCCUGCGCAUACACCGGCAUUGCUCACCGUGGGACCAAGGUUUAGAGCCCGUUGUGAGCGGCAAUUGGAGUUGUGGUGGUUGCCGCGGAUGGCAAUGA